AUGCUAGGCAAUGAUUCACUCCACCUCUAUAACUUGACCGUGCGAUGUCCCACGGCAUACACCCAGGCGUUGGUGGGCAAUUACGACACGGGAGCCGCCCUUCAAGAGAUUGUUUUGGUUUCGGGCACUUAUUUGCAGAUGUUCGCCAUGGACCCCGAGACAGGGAAGCUCAGGCCCAAAGUGACCCAGGACUUGCUCGCGGCGGUGAACCAAGUUGAGAAUGUGCGGCUAGAUAACGGCAAGGACGCGUUGGUGGUCACGAGCGACUCGGGAAAUUUGUCGGUUCUUGCCUAUGAGGGCGAGCGGUUGCAAAAGUUUUGCUCGGUGGAGCAGCAGCCCAUGGCGAAAAACGGCUGGAACAAGACCUACCCCGGCGAGUAUCUAGCUGUCGAUCCGCAGAAUCGGUGCAUCUUGGUCGGAGCUCUCGAGAAAUCCAAACUCGUGUAUCGGAUCGAGAAACUGGCGGAUAUUGACAAAAAGAAAGCUGCGUUUGAAAUCAGCUCGCCCGUGGAGCUCCAAACUGGCAAUCUGCUCUGUUUGACGAUUGUUGCAUUGCACACCGAGUUGGAGAAUCCGCUCUUUUGCGCGAUAGAGUUUGACCCCGUGAGGCUGCAGAAUGCUUGCUUUUUGUCCUACUACGAAUUUGACCAAGGGUUGAACUACCUCGGUAAGAAAAGACUGCGACACCCAAGAGAACUACCCAGCGAUGCCAACUACUUGAUCCCUGUUCCUGGGAAAAUCGGUGGUGUUGUUGUAUGUGGCGAAAAUUGGAUCAUGUAUGAAAGGCAGGACUUUAACGUGGUGUUGCCCCUCCCGCGCAGAAUGAAUCAAAAUCAAAAUCAAAACACCGUCAUCACUGGCCACGCUAGUCAUGUGUUUAAGAAGAAGGGACUAUUUAUCUUCCUCCAGAGCACCCACGGCGACUUGUUCAAGAUGGUGUUUGACUACGAUGCCGACCGCGAAGUUCUCAACGACAUUGUCAUUACUUAUUUCGACACGAUUCCGCCGUGUCGAAGCAUUUGUGUGCUCAAGCGCGGAUUCUUGUUUGCCAACACGUUGAAUAGCAACCAGAUUCUUUAUCAAUUUGAGAAAUUGGGAGAAGAUUCGACAAUCUCACCGAUGACAAUCAGUUUUACCGAGGGGAAAAUCAACAAAUUUCGAGACCUUUCAGCAGUGCUGCAAGUUCUGGCAGCUCCAUUGACUUUUGAACUCAGAGGGUUGGAAAAUCUAGUGGUUAUGGACACUUUGCAGUCUCUUAGCCCCAUUACGGACUCUAAAUACAUCACGUCCAAUUCGCAAUUAAAAACGCUAGCUACAGAUGCAAAUUUGAAAACCAUUAUUCCGGGGAUGCCGACGACUGUUUUGGUUGAGUCGCCGUUGACAAUCACUCCUACUAAUGUCUUUACGACAAAGCUCACCAGCACAUCAGCCAAUGACGAAUACUUGGUUUUCACUUCGCUGUUGUCGUCCAACACCGUGGUUUUCGCAAUUGGAGAAACUCUCGAAGACGUGGCAGACUCUGGGUUUGUACUUGACCAGCCUACAGUCGGUGUUCAACAAGUGGGCAAAUCAUCGGUGGUUCAGAUUUACGCCAAUGGGAUCCGGCAAAUUUCGUCGCGAAACAAAAAGACAACAGACUGGUAUCCACCAGCAGGGAUAUCCAUCAUCCAAGCAACGGCAAACAACUCUCAAGUAUUGGUGUCGUUGUCGAAUUCAGAAAUUGUUUAUUUUGAAACCGAUCCAUCGGAUGACCAAUUGAUUGAGUAUCAAGAUAAGCUAGAAACGACGUCCCUGGUCACGUCAAUGGCGAUCAUGUCUCUAUCGCAGUCCCAGCUGCAUAGCAAUUUCGCAGUCAUUGGUUGCUCGGACGAAACGAUUCAAGUGGUGUCUUUGCAACAGCAGAGUUGUCUCGAAGUGAAAUUGCUCCAAGCUCUUUCCUCCAAGGCUAAUUCGUUGGUGAUGACGAGCCACGACAAUGCUGCAUUUGUGCACAUUGGCAUGGAGAAUGGUGUUUACGCAAGAAUCAAAAUCGACCAGUAUAGCGGGCGAUUAUCCGACUCUAGGGUCAAGUAUCUCGGAUCGAAACCCGUGAAUUUACGAAUCGUGAAGUUGACUGAAAAGUUGGAGGGCAUCUUGCUCAUUUCAUCCAAGCCGUGGAUUGCAUAUUUCCACCAGGGAGCUUUCAAAACUGUUCCAUUGAUUGGAAUCGACAUUGACGCGGGGGCCUCGCUAGUCUCUGAGGACAUUGGCGGUGAAGGUAUUGUUGGUUUCAAGAAAAACAAGUUGGUUAUUUUUUCACCUGGGGAAGAAGAUUGUGAGUUUGAUCCAACGCAAAAUCUCACCUUUGAAAGCGUCAAGUUGCGCUACAUGCCUAGGAAAUUGUUGGAGUUUGGUUCACGGUAUUAUGUGAGCGAAGUGGGAGUGGGGAUCACAACUCCCUAUUUGCCGAAUUUGACCAAGGAAGUUGCUGACAAAGUCGACGAGGGUUAUUAUAAAAAUUUCGGGUACGUCAAGUCGCCAUCGAGCCGUGCCUCGUGCGUUCAAGUUGUUCACGGCGAUGAGAUCAGGCAAACGUUGGAAUUCAACAAGAAUGAGCAAAUUGUGGGGAUGACGCUAGCUCAGUUUAACAAGAACAACUACCUAAUAGUCGCUGUCACGAACAAUACUCCUUCGACAAGCAAGAACUUGCUCUAUACAUUCAAGUUGGAUAGUAAGAAAAAGUCAAACUCGUUGCAAUAUACUCAUAAAACCGAGCUCAACUACCAGCCUCAGGUGGUGGAGUUUUUCAAUGACAAGGUUUUGAUUGCCGCGAAGAACACCAUUUUGCUAUAUGAGAUGGGUCAACGCCAGCUUCUUUGUAAAUCUUUCACCAGAAUCGAUUUUCUUUUGAAUAUCACUCGGGUGUUGAUUUGUGCAGGUAAUAGGCAGAGGAUUGUAAUUGCCGAUUCACAAUCUUCAGCGUCGAUCACCAUGGCUCGUUUUGAUGUGGAACUGAACCAGUUUGUACCGAUAGCCGAUGAAGUCAUCCGUCGCAACUGCACGUCGUUGGCUCAACUAGAUUACGAUACCAUUAUCGGCGGUGACAAGUUUGGCCAAAUCUUUAUAUCAAGACUAGACCGGGCCAACUCGCUCCACGUUGAUCACGAAUGGUCGCUUUUCAAACGCGAUGCCAUGUCAACAUCAAACUCGAGUUUGGCCGCAACCCUGGGCUCAACAGCGAUGAGUUCGUGUGUGUUUAAAUUACGCAACGUGUGCGAGUACUAUCUCCCCGAUAUCAUAACUUCUUUCCAAAUCACCGAGUCCAACGGAAUCAACGACGAUGGAAGCGUGCUCUAUACCGGAGUCAAAGGCACCUUGGGUCUUUUCAUCCCCUUGGUGACCAAAUCGGAAAUUGCCAUGCUCUUUGACCUUGAAUUGGAAAUGGGCAAACUAUGCAACCACGAUUUACAGCAAGAACAAGACGCAAGCGACGAAUCAAGAGAAGUUGCCCGCUGGCUAAGUCCCUUGGGCAAAGACCACAUCAAGAGCAAAAGCUACUACAACGCAGCAAAGGGGGUGAUCGAUGGUGAUUUCUGCGAGUUGUACUUGCAAUUGAGCCCGCGGUUGAAACUAGGGAUCGCUCAGAGAAUGAAACGAAGCGUCAACGAAAUUGAAAAAAAGUUGAACGACUUGAGAAACAGGUCUCCGUUGUAA